CAGGAUAAUGCUGGACGUGGAAACGGCGAGAGGAGCAUGAUUUUAUAUUCUUACUGAGUUUACAGUGUUUCACAGUGCGGGUUUUAAUUUCAUGAUAGAACAAUGUCUAAAAGAAGUCAGCCUAUUUGGUCACGGCCGUUAAAGAAUGAAGAAAGGCCAGUGUUACGGUUAUACAACAGUUUAUCGCGGCAAAAGGAGGAAUUCGUAUGCUCCAAUGGCAACAGGGUCAACUGGUACACCUGUGGGCCCACUGUCUACGAUGCCUCCCACAUGGGUCAUGCCAGGUCAUAUAUAUCUUUUGACAUUCUCAGACGAGUAAUGUCUAAUUAUUUUGGACUGGAUAUUCUGUAUGUGAUGAACAUUACAGACAUUGAUGACAAAAUCAUCAAAAGGGCAAGACAAAACCAUUUAUAUGAAAAGUAUGCAAAAGAAGAGAGAGAUUUGAGUAAAACAAUAGAUGAUGCAACAACUGUGGUGAAUUACUACGAGAACAUUGUCAAAACUACUGGUGACCCAGAUAAAAAGGCUGCAAUGCAAAAGAUGUUAGACAGUGUAGCAACUGCAGUUCAGGAUCUCAAGUUAGCAGUAAAAUGUAAAAAUAAGGAUAAGAUCUCUGAAGCAAAGAUUGCAUUGCUUACUUCAGCAAAGGACCCAAUAUCAGAGUGGUUAGACAGCCAGUUUGGCAGCACAGUCACAGAUAAUGCAAUAUUCACUACAUUACCAAGAUAUUGGGAAAAUGAGUUUCAUAAAGAUAUGAAAGCUUUAAAUGUGCUACCCCCAGAUGUAUUAACAAGAGUUAGUGAAUAUGUACCACAAAUUGUUAAGUUUAUAGGGAAGAUCAUUGAAAAUGGUCUAGCAUAUGAAUCAAACGGCUCAGUAUAUUUCAAUGUGAGUGAGUUUGACAGCAAAAAGCACCACCAUUAUGCCCGGCUGGUGCCUGAAGCAUAUGGAGACACCAACUCAUUACAAGAAGGGGAAGGCGAUCUCAGCGCCGACAGCUCGGAGAAGCGGUCCGCCAACGACUUCGCGCUGUGGAAGCGGAGCAAGGCGGGCGAGCCCUCGUGGCCGUCGCCGUGGGGGCCCGGCCGGCCCGGCUGGCACAUCGAGUGCUCGGCCAUGGCGGCCGACGUGCUCGGCGACACGCUCGACGUGCACACGGGCGGCGUCGACCUCAAAUUCCCGCACCAUGACAAUGAGCUGGCUCAGAGUGAGGCAUAUUUCGACAAGCCCGGCUGGGUGAACUACUUCCUGCACACUGGGCACCUGACCAUCGCUGGCUGUAAGAUGUCCAAGUCUCUGAAAAACUUUGUGACCAUCGGCGAGGCGCUGCGCCGGCACAGCGCGCGGCAGCUGCGCCUCGCCUUCUUGCUGCACGGCUGGAAGGACACGCUCGACUACUCCACCAAUACCAUGGAGAUGGCCAUUCAGACUGAGAAGAUGUUUAAUGAAUUCUUCUUGACGGUGAAGGACGCGAUGCGCGCGGGCUACGACGAGGGCUGCGGCGGCUCGUGGGGCGACGAGGAGCGUGUGCUGGCCGCCAAGCUGCAGGCCACCAAGGAUCAAGUCCACGCUGCCCUCUGCGACAACAUCGACACGCGCGGCGCGCUGGACGCGCUGCGCGAGCUGGUGGCGGCGUGCCACGUGUUCCUGCGCCGCGCCGCGCCGCGCCCCGCGCCGCUGCUGGCGGCGGCCGCGCGCUACGUCACCGACGUGCUGCACGUGUUCGGCGCCGUCGAGGGGCCCAGGGGCGGCAUCGGCUUCCCCGUCGGCGACGGCGACAACGUCUGUCUAGAGGAAGUGGUGAUGCCAUACUUAGAAGCGCUGAGCACAUUCCGAGCGCGCGUUCGGGACGCAGCGCGAGCGGUCAAGGCCGCCGAUGUGCUGGCGCUGUGCGACCAGCUGCGCGACGUCGACCUGCCCGAGCUGGGUGUGCGGCUCGAAGACAAGCCCGACCGCACAGUGGUGAAGCUGGUCAGCAAAGAAGAACUGAUGCGAGAGAAGGAAGAGAAAAAGCGAAUAGAGGCAGAGAAGCUUAAGAAGAAGCAAGAACUCGCCGAAGCGCAGCGGCUCAAGGACGAGCAGAGAAAGGUCCCGCCGGGGGACAUGUUCCGCAAGGAGGCCGACAAGUACUCGCAGUUCGACGACAAGGGUCUUCCAACUCACGAUCACGAAGGUAAGGAGUUGAGCAAGGGACUCGUCAAAAAGCUGCAAAAGCUGCAACAAGCCCAGGAGAAGAAAUACAACGAGUACUUAGCCUCCCUCAACGCUACCAGUGGUUAGAAUCGAUUCAUUCAUACCUAAAGUGCGACUUGGUAUCCUAGAGACUGAUAUUGCAUUACUUUAUUUUUUCGUUUCAUAUUUCAGUCUUUAGGAUUAAGCACAGGCCCUGGCAAAACAUACGGUCAGCUGCAGGCGUGGUUUUUAGCCUAAAUGUAAUAUGGUUACAUAACUGGCUGGUUCGCCAAGUCUAAAAGUCAAAGCUUAUUUUUAAAGUGGAUACUUAAUUGUUUGCAGCCGUGUAUGUAGUAUUCAAUUCAGAAUUUAGUAUUUUAAUGUACUGGCGACUUAUUUAUCCUUCUAAGGCCCAGCAAUACAAAUGAAAAACCCAAAAUUCGUCACUGAAAUUGGAAUCUAAAGUCCAGGUAAUAGAGAAUUUUAUUUCUAAGAAAAUUUUCCGAAAUAAAAGAAAUGCGAUUCUGUUGCAAUUGAAUUUGGUUUAAAUUUUAUCGAACUGAAAAAGUACUAUAGGUAGGACCUUGGACCUUAGGAGGUUAUGAUAAUACGUUGUAGUUGUUCAGCCAAUAUCAAAAUAUAUCGUGUUAAAAUGAUGAAUUAAUAGAAUUCGCCAGUAACUGGCCACCCUAAACUAAAAAUGAAUUCAAUUCACUUAUAACGCGGCUGAAUAAGAAGUGGCUACUUAUAAUUAACAAUUUUCUUAAACUAGAACCAAGGUAUACCGGAGUUGCCAGCGAUGGUAUGCACAAACCUGCAUUUAAUUGUCACUAUUUCAUUUUCAUAUAUUUCAUGAAUGGGGGAUAUUACUAUAAUGUUCUGCCGCCAGAGUGCAGCACUACCGACUCAGUAAAUUUAUAGACUAACUUAUACAUACUGUGCCUUAAACUGUUUUUUGAGAAGUUUUCACAGACAAUAAAAUAUGACAUUGAUGCAUCAAGGCGGUUUGUUAACAAGGGUACCGGUAAACGCGAAAAUCGAAAUUUAGUUAUCUGCCUCUUUAUCGCUCGAAUAUGCAAGAGUGAUAGAGAGAUUAGAUAACGAAAUUUCGAUUUUCUUGUUUCGCGGUAGGCCAUGUGAUUGACGUGACGUGUGAUGUGUCAAUGUGGUUUGUUUACUGUAUGUGCCACAAAGGUGCCACCUACGCAGAGCUUUGCCUAAUAUUCCCUAUUGUCUGUAUCAGUUUAUUGUUAAGUAAAUUAAUUUAUUCUUAGUAAUUAUCAUGGCAAUGGCAACGUGCUUUAAAAUAACGAAUAAUAGGUAGUAAUGCUCGAUGUCAAAGCAAUAUUUUGAAAUUGCGAAGGAACUUUCAACAGUGCUUUUGAAUCAAAUAACCUUUGAUAAAAAAUUUAAACAACUACCAAAUAACGUUUACUUUUCACACAUUACAAUACAUGUAAUACUUAUACUUAAACGAAAUAGUAAUAAGAUCACAGAUAAUACGACGAAACAGUAUUACAAUCAUUGCCUAAAUAUACCUUGCAUUAAGUUAAACAAAACAGUUGAUUUUGUGUAAAUCAAAUUUUAGCAAAUUUUAUACUUACAAUAAAAAGUAUUGGCAUAAUA